AUGGCAGAAUCCGGAGCAGUCUACCUUCUUCUUCCUUCACCAAGAUCAACCCUCUUUCCACCUCUUAUCAAGUAUUUGAACUUGGACAUCAAGAUUUCGGAUAGAAAUGACCCAGAGUACAAAGCAGCAUUUCCUUUGAACAAAGCUCCCGCUUUUAAGUCCAAGGAUGGAUGGAAGCUUCACGAAGCUAUGGCCAUUUUGCAGUACAUUGUCUCGUUGAAACCAGAGAGUUGCAAAUAUAAAUUCUACGGAAACAAUGAGCGUGAAAAAGCCAAGGUCUGGCAAUGGAUUUCUUUUGCAAACUCUGAUUGUGUCAGCGUCGUUGCAGGCUAUUUUUUCCAUAGCACUACUGAGGAAGAGAAAAAGGCAGCUGCGGUCAAUGUGAAUAAGACUGCUAGCGAGUUUGAAGAUCAGCUUAAGCAGACUAAAUAUUUGGCUGGUGCUGAGUGCACGUUGGCUGAUAUCUUCUGCGUUAAUCUCUUUGUGUGGGGACUUGACAAGCUGUUUGACAAGGAGUUUUUCGCCAAGCAUCCAUCGAUUCACAGAUGGCUCAGAGAGGUUUGCGACCACGAUCCAAUUCUUUCUCCAACUUUGAAGGGUAAAGAUGCAACCAAAUAA